AUGCAGGAGUUUGCAAGAGGGGCGCGUCAGACCGGGAAAGGCACCUUGAAGGCCCUAGGCCCCUACAUAGGCUCUACUUCCGACAUCUCUUGCGAUGCAAGUUCCCAGCAACACACCGUGACCUCUGGUGACUCUAGGGGCACCCAGGCUCAUACCCCCUGGCCUGGCACAGAGCUGAAGAAGAUCCUUUUCAUGAGCCAGGUUCCCACAACCUGCCCAUGGAAAAGCAAGCCUGGCACGGAUAUUUUCCAGCAGCUCAUUGUGAAUCAAAGCGCCCGAUCCCUCAAGUUCGAAGACCUCCCUCGCGAGCCCCUGCAUCCCAAACAGCCCCUAAACUCAUUCAAAACCUUUAGAGAAGAGGAGAAGCUCUUCGUGGCUUGCAGGACUUUGCCCUGUGUCGAAGACCAGGGAGGAGUCCUCCUCACUCAGGGCAAAAGCCAGAGCCGAAACCUCCGAGUUACGCAGUGGGCGUGCAGACGGGUGCUCCACAGGGCCAUGCAGUGCCCAUGCCGUUUGAGUUUGGGGUCUGCGAGUUUCUCGUUCAAUCGCCUUGAGCUGGAGAGCUGA